CUUUCACGACGCGUGUUGAUCGAACCGGUAAAACCAUGAUCCUCCGGGUCGGAUGUUAUAAAAACCCGAUAACGAAUACGAAUCAGUGAAAGGUGUUGACGUGUGAAAAAACAAUGGGAAUGCUUCUCUUUCUCUUUUAGUUUUGGGCUAUUUGUUUUUAUUUAUUAAAGCAGGUGUAUAUUGAAUAAGAAUAAACGGGGUUAUAUUUAAUUUGACUAAUGAGGAGCUUUGGCCGUUGGGUUAUUUUCGAAGUGUACAUUGUAAUUUAUAAGCUUCCGAAUGGUGACUGCGGUUUGAGCGGUGUAGGACAAUCAGUUCAAUUGUAAUGCGGUUUUAACAGUUAUAAAAAUGUAUAGAUAUAUAAUAUAUAUAGAGAUUUUUGUUACUGUUAACUGCAGGACGGGGCGAGACGAUGGUCACCAUUGGAAGUAUAGUUUUGAUACUGGCCAAACAUUUGUUGUCACUUUACCAACUACUGCAACCCUCGUCUCAUAAUAAAUUCUAGCACGCCUUUUUUAUUUUAUUUUAUUCAAUUUAAUAUUCUCUUAUUGGAGGGUGAGAAAUGAGACCACAUAUACAUUUGUUCCUCCUCUUUGCGGGCCCCACUUAACUUUUUUUUUCUUUUCUUCUUAUUUUUCGCUGCAGACGUUUAUUUAUUUAAUGUGGGAAAAUUGGAAAUAUGGAAUAAAAAGACAAGUAGAUUGUCCCUUUGCCAUAAUAUGAAUUAUAAGUUGUCCUAAUGUCAUAAUGUUUUCUGUAAACCCAAUUAAACCCCUAAUCUAAUCUUUUAAACGUUUUUGUUAAUUUAAUUAUGUUAAAAAAAUAUUAUUAUUAUUUUUAAUUAAUUUAAUUAUUAAAAAAAAAAUACAAAAGGGGAAAAUCGACCAAAAUUUCCCCCAAGCUCGACGAACCCUAAUUGCUCUCUCCUCCUUUGGCGACAGAGAGAAAGGACGAUUUGAAGGGGAUCUCGCCGUCGCCGGUGUCGUUUUGGCCGGUAAUACUCCGCCGGUGUUCUUCUUCUUCUUAAUCGAAGUCUCAGAGACCUCGUCUCACUUCGCGACUCGUUCUCAAUUAAGUCGCCGAAGACCGCUGAAGCUCGUACCUCGCCGAUAACUGAACUCGUGCCUCACCGCUCCGCUCUCACUCUCUCAGCCAUAGUUUCAAGCAAACCAAUCGAUUCUCCUCAGGUUUGUUUAUGAAUUUUUUUGCAUGUCUUUGUAUCUCUUACUUGAGCUUGUUUAAGAUCGAUUUUGAAUGUCAUAAGUUUCGAUUCUUUUUUCUGUGAAUUAUUAUUUAGGCUUCAAUCUUAUCAAAAUUUCCUACUUUUUUGAGCUUUGGUUAAUUUGUUUUUGUAGCAACCGAUCUCUAGUGAUUGUGUUUCUUAUCAAAAUUUCCUACUUUUUUGAGCUUUGGUUAAUUCUCUUGUUUUAUCUUGUGAAUUAUAUUAUGAUGCAUGCGUUUAUAAAUAUUGACUGUAGUGAUUGUGUUUCUUGCAUUGUUUAUAGGUAUGACAAUUGAUCAGUUGCCUAAAUGCUUAUUCAAAGAGGGAACUGAAACACAAGUUGAGAAGGUCAACAACAGUUGUCGAACUUCCAUACUUGCGAAGGUGGCGAAGUACUGUCCAGACGAGUACAAAGAAGUGUCGGAGGAUCCGCUAUUUGCUCAGAUUGUGGCCAUUCAUGUACACAAGCUUCAGUUUUCGGCAAGAGCGAUCCACACCUUCGUUUGCAAGCAGCUUCUGUCCGCAAAGCGUUAUGAGUUGUGGUUCCAUUAUGCUAGGAGGCCUCUCAGAUUUUCAAUGCAAGAAUUCUAUGCCAUCACAGGUUUGAAAUACAAAGACGAGCCCGACUUGGAGAUUGAUGACUGGGCAUAUGAUGGAGGGUUUUGGAGUAAGUUGCUAAGGAGACAGAAAAAUAUUUCGGUUCAGCAAAUCAGGAAGGUUCAUGUGAAGUUGUGUAAUACAUGGUCUCGUGUUGAUAGGCUGCGGUUGGUCUAUUUGUGUGUGAUUGCUGGUAUUCUUAUGGCGAAGGAUGAGAAGGUGUGGAUCCCAUACAAGUACAUCAAGCUCGUGAUGAACUUCGAGAAGAUGAGGAAAUAUCCGUGGGGUCUUCACUCUUUUGAUAUGCUGGUGAGUUCCAUUAUCAACGCUAGGGAUAAAGUGAAGACGCAAAACAGUUAUGUCGUAGAUGGAUUCUCGUAUGCACUUCAGAUUUGGUUGAUGGAAGCUGUUCCGGACAUUGGGUCUCUUUUGGGUCAGAAACUGAGAGAAGGCGUGACUACCAUGAGGUGCAGGAAUUGGAAAGGAUCUGCUAAGAUUUCCUAUGAGGAUAUUAUUACCAUAGAGUCUAAUUUUGCUUCCACCGGAGAUGUGUUUCCAUCCAUUUCUACAUCUGGAAAUUUCAAAGACGUGAUUACUGAUGCCGAGUUUGUUCGAGCCUGUGAGAUGAAGGAUGAAAGAGUUGAUCUAAUCAUUGACAUGCAGCGAAACAAGUAUGACUGGAGUAAGCAUGUUUGGGCUUAUAAGGAAACAGUGAAACCAUUUCAGUACAGUUCUGAGGAAGAUGGUUCAGAUGAGGAAGCGGCUGUAGAGACAAGUGAAACUGAAAUUGAAGAAGAAAUAGAAAGCACCCGUGUGUCUCCUACUAAGAAGAGGAAGAACAGGUUUCGGGAUACUGGUGCGGAGUCGAGGAAGAAGAGGUUACUUUGCCAAAGAUCAACCGAGAAAUAUAGAGAUCUUGAAGAGGAAAUGAAGUCCUAUAUCCAGAGUAUGUUUAACUCUUCUUUUACUGCCUUAGGCCUCGAGGUACGCGAGAUUAUUGAAGACCGCUUUACCAAAUUAGAGGAGAAGAUCCUUUCAUCUCAGACUCAGGGUGGUGCGCCUGCUAAUACUCAGACUCGUGGUACUGAUCCGUUUUGGACUCCUUCUGCUGCUGCUGCUGCUGCCACUGCUCCGGCUUCGGUUUCUGGUCGUCCUCCUGCUCCUACUCGGGCUUCUACCGAAGCUCCUGCAUCAGUUUCUACUCGUGGUCUUGCUCCUUCUCGCAGUGCGGCUUCUGCUCCUUAUCGCAGUCGAGCUUCUGCGACUGCUCACAAUGGUGGGCCUGCGAAUGCUGCGAAGACAAGGUCUCAGACAAAGGUAAACAAGAAGUAG